CGCCGCCCCUCGCCGCCUCUCCGCACUGGCCCCGGGCCGCGCUGGGCAUGCUCAGUCGGCAGGGCCGCCUCAGCUCUCGGAGUAGGAAGCUGGGGCGCUCGGGCUGCGAGGAGCCGGGCCAGGGGGGAAGAUGGAGCCCUUCACCGGUGAUCGGCUUCCACUCCCCAGGAAUAUGAUUGAAAACAGCAUGUUUGAGGAAGAACCAGAUGUGGUGGAUUUAGCCAAAGAGCCUUGUUUACAUCCUUUAGAGCCUGACGAGGUGGAAUAUGAGCCCCGGGGUUCACGACUGCUGGUGCGGGGUCUGGGUGAGCAUGAGAUGGACGAGGAGGAAGAGGAUUAUGAGUCGUCUGCCAAGCUGCUGGGCAUGUCCUUUAUGAACAGAAGCUCAGGCCUUCGGAACAGUGCAUCUGGCUACAGGCAGAGCUCAGAUGGGACUUGUUCAGUACCCUCUGCAAGGACCAUGCUGGUCUGUGCUUUUGUCAUUUUGCUUGCCAUUUCUGUAAUAAUGGUGAUUUAUCUCCUGCCCAGAUGUACCUUUACCAAAGAAGGCUGCCAUAAGAAAAACCAGUCAAUGGGACUCAUUCAGCCGAUUGCAACCAAUGGGAAGUUGUUUCCAUGGGCGCAAGUCAGGCUUCCCACUGCCAUUAUGCCUCUGCACUAUGAACUCAACCUGCACCCAAACCUGACCACAAUGACAUUCCAGGGUUCUGUGACGCUUUCGCUUCAGGCCCUUCAGGCCACAUGGAAUAUCAUUCUUCACAGCACAGGCCAUAACAUUUCAAGAGUGACCUUUAUGUCAGCAGUUUCAAGCCAAGAAAAACAAGUUGAAGUUCUGGAAUAUCCUUUCCAUGAACAAAUCGCCAUUGUUGCCCCGGAAGCCCUUCUUAAGGGGCACAAUUAUACCUUGAAGAUAGAGUACUCGGCAAAUAUAUCUAGUUCUUACUAUGGGUUUUAUGGUAUCUCCUACACAGAUGAAAAUAAUGAGAAAAAGUACUUUGCAGCAACUCAAUUUGAACCUCUGGCAGCAAGAUCUGCUUUUCCUUGUUUUGAUGAGCCAGCAUUUAAAGCCACUUAUACCGUCAAGAUCGUAAGAGAGGAGAACUACACUGCUUUAUCAAAUAUGCCUAAGAAGUCAUCAGUCACUAUGAAAGAUGGACUUGUUCAGGAUGAAUUUUUUGAAAGCGUGAAGAUGAGCACUUACCUGGUUGCUUUCAUUGUUGGGGAGAUGAAGAAUCUGAGCCAGGACGUAAAUGGAACCCUGGUUUCUAUAUAUUCUAUACCAGAAAAGAUUGGCCAAGUUCACCAUGCCUUGGAAACAACUGUGAAGCUUCUUGAGUUUUUUCAAAACUACUUUGAAAUUCAAUACUCACUUAAGAAAUUGGAUUUGGUGGCUAUUCCUGACUUUGAAGCAGGAGCAAUGGAAAAUUGGGGUCUGCUCACCUUCCGAGAAGAGACACUUCUGUAUGACAAUAAUACUUCUUCAGCAGCAGACAGAAAACUGGUUACUAAAGUCAUCGCUCAUGAGCUGGCCCAUCAGUGGUUUGGGAAUCUGGUAACAAUGCAGUGGUGGAACGAUCUAUGGCUAAAUGAAGGUUUGGCUACUUUCAUGGAGUAUUUCUCUUUGGAAAAAAUAUUCCAAAAGCUCUCUAGUUAUGAAGAUUUCUUAGAUGCUCGAUUUAAAACCAUGAAGAAAGAUUCCUUGAAUUCAUCUCAUCCAAUAUCAUCAUCUGUUCAGUCUUCAGAACAGAUUGAAGAAAUGUUUGAUGCUCUUUCCUAUUUUAAGGGAGCUUCUCUCUUGUUGAUGCUGAAAACAUAUCUUGGUGAAGAUGUAUUUCAACGUGCUCUUGUUCUUUACCUGAAAAAGCAUAGCUAUGCAUCCAUUCAAAGUGAUGAUCUGUGGGAUAGUUUUAAUGAGGUCACAAACAAAACAGUAGAUGUCAAGAAAAUGAUGAAAACCUGGACCCUGCAGAAAGGAUUUCCUUUAGUGACUGUGCAAAGAAAGGGAAAGGAGCUUCUUAUACAACAAGAAAGAUUCUUUUUAAAUAUGAAGCCUGAAAUCCAGCCUUCAGAUGCAAGCUAUCUGUGGCAUAUUCCACUAUCCUUUGUCACUGAGGGAAGAAAUUAUUCAAAACAUCAAUUGGUAUCAUUUCUGGACAAGAAAUCAGAUGUCAUCAAUCUUACAGAAGAAGUACAGUGGAUCAAAGUCAAUACAAACAUGACUGGCUAUUAUAUUGUACAUUAUGCAGAUGAUGAUUGGGAUGCACUAAUCAACCAGUUGAAAAUAAAUCCUUAUGUCCUGAGUGACAAAGACCGAGCCAACCUCAUCAACAACAUCUUUGAACUUGCAGGGCUAGGCAAAGUGCCUCUUCAGAAGGCCUUUGAUUUGAUUGGUUAUCUUGGAAAUGAGACCCAUACUGCACCCAUCACUGAAACCCUGUUUCAGACAGGCCUCAUCUAUAACCUCCUUGAAAAACUAGGAUAUAUGGAUCUGGCCUCAAGACUGGUGGCCAGGGUAUCUAAAUUGCUUCAAAGCCAAAUUCAACAGCAAAAUUGGACUGAUGAUGGCUCUCCAUCUGCUCGAGAGUUGCGGUCAGCCUUGCUAGAAUUUGCCUGCGUCCACAACCUAGAGAACUGCAGCACUACUGCCUUGAAGCUGUUUGACGAGUGGGUUGCAUCCAAUGGAACUCUAAGCCUACCUACUGAUGUCAUGACUGCUGUGUUCAAAGUUGGAGCAAGGACUGAGAGCGGCUGGUCGUUCCUCUUAAGCAAGUACAUCUCUAUAGGCUCUGAAGCAGAGAAGAAUAAAAUACUUGAAGCUCUUGCCAGUUCAGAGGAUGUACGGAAACUUUACUGGUUGAUGAAAACUAGCCUCAGUGGAGAUACCAUCCGAACACAAAAGCUGUCAUUUGUCAUAAGAACAGUGGGCCGACAUUUCCCUGGACACCUACUGGCAUGGGAUUUCGUCAAAGAGAACUGGAACAAGCUUGUACAGAAGUUCCAUCUGGGUUCCUAUACCAUACAAAGUAUUGUUGCUGGAUCAACUCACCUGUUUUCAACGAAGGCACAUUUGUCGGAGGUCCAGGCAUUCUUUGAAAAUCAGUCAGAGGCAACCUUUCAGCUUCGUUGUGUCCAGGAGGCUUUGGAAGUCAUUCAGCUGAAUAUCCAGUGGAUGGAGAAGAACCUUAAAACUCUGACGCUGUGGCUGUAGCAUGCACAACCGCACCUCAUUUUGUCACCCGUCAGAGAGCUUGUUAACUUGGGCUCUGUUUGUAACUUUUGCAAAAGCCAGGGGGAAGCCAAGGAUCGCUGCUGAGUUGUUUGCCCUCUUAGGAGUUGUAGUUCGCUCAGGGUCCAUCGGUCUUUCUGAAACAUCUUUGGGCAGUACGUAGCUAUUUAUUACAAAAUUACAUUCACUCACAUGCCAACCAUCUACAAAAACAACAAGUAAUGUGUAUACUUUGAAGAUACCCAAAUGGGGAAUAAAGUGGCUUGGAAUUUUGUUCUAUUUCUCAGUAUGGGUAAAGUACUGGCCCAGUGAAACAAGGAAAGACCUACCAUGGGAGCCGCCAGCCAUCGUUGCAGGCUGCUGGUUUGUGAGCCAUUUGUUGCUUCUUGUUGAUAGAGUUGUUGAAUGUGGUAACACUUCAAAAAGUAUGGCAAUCAGUGAAGUCGAUGAAGCAUGCAACUGUAGAGAGCUCAUCUCAGGUGUGCAGAUCUACUUUAUUUGGGGUUUUGAUUAAUCCUUUAUUUCCUGGAAAAUUUUUAAAUAAGAUCUACUAUAACUAUUAUAUUUUUUUCUGCAGAAUAGCUAGGUGCUACAGAAUUUUUAAAUUUUUGUUAUAUUAAAAAGCUAAAUAACAAGGCCAAAAGAUUAUAUUUUCCCAAUGUUUAACAUUUUCUUUUUCAUCUUUUAGGAAAAUGUUUCAAACUAAGAUAGCUUUAAUUAUAAUUAUUUUGUUCAUAAGUUUCAAUAUUCUCCAUAUCUGUACACCUCUCCAUCCCCUGCCCUAGAUAUACCUUAUAUAAAUAAGUAUUUUCACAGUUAUGGCAAACAUUUUGUUAUACUGGUAUCUUUUAUCAUUACUUUAUCACUGUUACUAAAAAUAUAGGUUGUUUUUAUAUAUCUUUUGGCAUGAUAGAUUUUAGACACUUUCUCUCUGAAUCAUACCCAUGGGUGGGUUUUUCAUUUUAUAUGAUAGAGUAGCACAUUAGAAACAUUUUAAAGUAGGGCCUUGGAGAAAUUGAACAUUUUUAUUUGAAGUUCACCAUAGUACCUUAAAGGAAUGAGAGAAUGUGAGAAAGGAGUAACUUGAUUCAUAUGGAAUAUGGUGGGCUUUGAAUUUUUCCCCACUAUCAAAUACAGUACUUUUCUUUAGUUGAAAAAUCAUAGUUUUAUUUUACCAUGGCCAAACUAGCAAAUUAAAGGGACUGUCGAGAGAGAGAGAGAGAGAGAGAGAGAGAGAGAGAGAGAGAGAGAGAGAGAGAAAGGAAGGAAGGAAGGAAGGAAGGAAGGAAGGAAGGAAGGAAGGAAGGAAGGAAGGAAGGAAGGAAGGAAAAGAAAUGAAGGAAGGAAGGGAGGAGAAAUCCAAAACUGUAUGGCAUUUUUACUCCUUCUAAAGGAGAAAUACUGUACUUGAAUUUUGUGAGUUCUGCAGACUUAUAUUUUGAUUAUGGUGUUUCUUUGAUUCUUAGGAGAAAAGCUUUCUUCCAAAUAAUUCUUGUACUUUAUAUUGUGUUUAAAAACAUAUUUGUAAAAAGAGGAUAAUUACCCAUUUUCAAGCACUUAAAAACACUCCACAGAAUCAGACAAUGGGAAAGGUCACCUUUUUUUAUUCAGCAAGUGUAAAGUGAAAACGUGGGAUUGUGUAUAAAACUAUAUUUUAUUUUAUGAAAAUAUUUUUAUAUAACAAAAUUUAAAAGGCUGGCAAGCUGAAAUAUAGCUUUCUUUACUCCUAGUAUGUUUUCACCGAAUUUAGUCUUUUCUAAAUAUUUAUCUGUCUGUUUUAGAAUAGAAAACAUUAUAUCCUGAGAACCACAGCAUCAUCUAAAGAUGUCUUAUUGAAACUGGGGUAAUUGUAGGUUUUUAUUCCUCUUGUGCUUCAGUAAAUGAAUGAUAAUUUAGUUGAUAGUGAAAGUUAGUGAGUUUUUAUAUUUUUAGAGUGGGGAAAAAUAUUAAACUUUUGAGGUUUUUUGUUGUUGCGGGGUUGUUUUUUUACCAUGUUAUAUUACUAAAUUCCACUUUGAUACAGAGUUUAAAUUUUGCUACUUCUCAAAUUCAGUUAAGAUGCUUCAGUUUUAUCUGCCCAUCUUCACAUGGCUCCUGUAUCAUGUGUUAACUGCAUAUGGCAGAUCUUGUCCUGAAUUAUAUCAUUUUUUCCUGUGAGAGUGUGUGUGUGGUAUGGGGGGGGGUGUUAUUAUUAUAAGUAAAACCUUAUCAAAACUUCAGCUAAGAGGUAACUCAUAUACUAUUGCUAUCUUUGUACUCAAAAGCCGUUCAUUCCCAUGAAACUGUAUCCCUACUAUUUAUAGUUGUGUUUGUGGGCCUCAUCUCAGACUAUUUGCAGUUUUAGUAGGUCUUACCUCAAGUUUUCCCACAGAAUUCCAUAAUUUUCAUUGUUAUGCUAAUCAAUCUAUAUGAGACAUCUAAAAAUUAACCUAAAUCAGGAACAUAAGGUUAAGUAAUAGGUAAAACAUGUAGUAUAGUAAGUAUAAUUGUAGCUUUUGAAGUUUUCCCCCAAAAACUUUAUCUUGGCCACUGAAUUUCUGAGAAGUCAAGUAGACUGAAGCACAGCAGUUAGCCACAGUAUGCUUUUUUAUAUAAGCACAUAGGUCCAUGAUACAAUUGUUUGACAAGUAUUAUAUUCAUUGCAGAGAGACAGUCUGCUUGAAUGUAAUGUCAAAGACACAUCUUGAUCCUUAGGAAACAUAGAAUGGAAAAUCUGGAGUUGUGGGAACACAGAACUUAGGCUAUGAAAGUAGAAAUCCAAGGAGUCCAGUUUGUUCUGUUAAUAUCAAGUGAUUGGAAGUAUUAAACUGCAAGGAGUGUCAGCCUCUACCAUAAGCCUGCACCUUCGUUCAUCUUACUGAUUUACAUAAAUCUCUUUAAGUGAAUUUAAGUGUUCUCUGCCAUUGUUUCAGUGUUCAUGAACUUUCUUGCUAUCACAGGUUCCACUUGACUCUAAUAUUCUUUGCCAUUCAUGUUUUCAUUUUAUUGUACUUGUCCAUUGUAGGAACAAAAGAGCUGGCAGAAGAGCCCUGGGUACAUAGAGAUGUUGAGCUGCAUCAGUCUUACUGGGUACAGAAUAGAAUGCUUUCUGAAUAUUGUACAGUAAGAAAUGAAAAUUAAGUGCUGAGUUUGUUGGAUUACUGAUAGCCUGUUACCAAGUUGGAUUUUAAAAACAUUCUACUCAGACUAAAGUACCUGGAACCAUAAUCUGCAGUCAGAUUGCUGACCAUUCCCAUAAUGCCUUUGCAUUUCAUGGGGCUGCAGGGAAGGCCUGUGCAUCUCAGGAGAUGUAUCAUCACCAAGCAUAGCAGUUCCUGGGCUAAGUUUGCAGAACAAGACCUGAAUUUCCUAAGUAUGAGCUAGCUCUUCUUCUCCCCUUUGCCUUUGUUUUUAGUGUUUUUAUUGGAAUUAACUCUCUUUUUAAAGAGCUUCCCCUCAGCCCCAUUUUUAUUUUUUAAAAUAAUGUAUAUAAUUUUGCUGUUUUUUGCAUUCUUGUAUUGUGUGCUUCAUUCUCUGUAUCGGCAAGUAAGUACCAAAUGAAAAGUGGAGGUCCAGAAGUAUGAUAAAUCUCCUCUUCUCCCUUUCCCUUAUUGCCGGCGUGGGCAAUCGCUAGUAGAGUAGUGUUGACUGAUUUCUUUCAGUGGCUUUUUGGGGGUAUAUACUUUAAAUAUGUACAUAGGUGGUUUUGAUGUGUUUUUAUAUCCUUUCAUUUUGUAUAUUUUGUCCUGAUGAAAAGUGAAAUAUUGUCCAUGAAAAUCUCUUCUGCUUUCCCAUAGUGUCUGUGUGGGCAACAGCUCUAGAGUAGAUUUUUAUUUCCUUUUUUUGGAAGGAGGUGGUGAUAUUGAGAGGUGAGCAGAGUAUGUUCUUUUAAAAACGUGUACAAAAUGUUUUUGCUGCUAUUUUGUGGGUGUUGCUUCAUUUUGUAUUUCGUUCAUCCUUCUCAUGGAUAAUGAAGCGUGGAGAUCCAGAAGUCGGACAGAUGUCCCGUUUACCCCUUUCCUUGUUGCCUGCAUGGACAAUAGCAAAUAGAGUAGUGGUUGCUGUUUUGAUCUAGGCUUGGGUGUAGGGGGAGAUGUAUAUCAUUCUUUCAGGUGUACAUAAAUGCUAUGCUACUUAUUUAUUUUUCAUUUUAUAAAUGUUCUUUUGCAUGGAUGCAUUAUAUACUUAAUGAAACAGGUUCAGAGAAUGACAGAUUUUUUUUCCUUAUUGCCUCUUUGGACAGUAACUGAUAGAGUAGUUUGCUUUGUAUUGUGGUGUAGGAGAGAAUGGGGUAUAUACUUACUGUAUAUAAAUAAAUUUGCUACCACUUUGUACUAUUAAUUCAUUUCGUACAAUGUCCUUCUCAUAGGACAUUUAAGUACCCAAUGACAUGUGGAGGUCGGAUGUAUGACAGUCUCCUCUGGUCCCCUUCCCUUAUUGCCUAUGUGGGCAAUGGCUAGUAGUGUAGUUGUUGGAGUGGGUUGGGGGCGGGGGCAGGGAAAGAUGGGCAGGGAUGUGUAAUUACUGUAUAUACCUGUUUUUACUACUGUGUUGUAUUAUUUCAUUGGUUGCCCAGACUGGAAAGUACCUAAUAACCCAUGGAGGUCCAGAUGUGUGAGUCCCUCUUCUCCCCUUUUCAUAUUGCCCGAGUGGGCAAUGGCUAUUAGUACUUGGUUAGUUUCAGGGUUCUUUUGUGUUAUUGGGAUAAAUGCUUUGUACUUUCUUAUUAUCGUUUUCAUUGGGCACCAAUCCUUCACUUGGACAUGUAGGUUCCUAAUGAACCAUGGAGUUCUGGAUGUAUAGCAAUCUCCUAUUCUCCCUUUCCCUUUUUAUCUCUGUAGGCAACAAUUUUAAAGUAGUUUGUGUUUUUUUGAAGUUUUGGGGGGUGGGAAGGGACUAAGGGCUGGAUAUAUCCUUUUAACAACUGUAUAUAUAGUGUUUGUUACUGUGUUGUGUUAGUGCAUUCUGUACCCCGUCCCUUACUUGGACGUGUAGGUACCGAAUGAGACGUGGAGGUCCGGAUGUAUGAAAAUCUCCUCUUUUCCCUUUUCCUUAUUGCCUCUGUGGGCAAUAGUUUUAGAGUAGCCUAGAUUAUUUUUUUACUCUACCACUCCUUCCCCUGGGAUGGUGGUAAUAUGUACUUUUAAAAAUGAAUAUAAAUGUUUUUGCUCUUUUUUGUUAUUUCAUUUUGUACCUAGACCUUUCCAAGAACAACUUAGGUACAUGGUGAAAAUUAAGGUUCAUUCUAUGAAAAAAAAAUCUCUUCUCCCCUUCCCUUAUUGCCUGUCGAGGCAAUGACUACUGGUAUAGUUGUUCAGAGGUUUGGGGGUUUGCUUUUUCCCUCCGCAGGGUUAUAGGGGAUUUCUGGGUUGGGUGUGUGUGUGUGUGUGUGUGUGUGUGUGUGUGUGUGUGUGUGUGUAUGUUUGCUGGGUUUUUUGUUCUUUCUCCCCAAACCCAGUUUUCUGUUUUUACUUGUAGACAUCAAAUGUAAUGCAGAGGCCCAGAUCCAGAGGUGUAGUAAGUCUUUUCUCCCUUCCCCUAUAGCCUGUGCUCAUGAGAAUACUGUAGGGUUUGGGUUUUGUUUUUGUUUGUUUUUUUGCUUAUUGUUUGAGAUUUUAACAGGGAACUGGCUUCUUGGGCAAGAUAUGUAAAUUUUUAAUUGCAUAUAAAUGUUUUGCCUCUUUGUUCACUUCAUUUUGAAUCGAGUUCUUUGCAUGACUGUUAAGGUACUUAAUGAAAGUUUAGGUUGAUUCUAUGAAAUAUCUUCCCUAUACCCCUUCCAUCAUUGCCUGGUGGGCAAUGGUAGAAGAAUAGAUGUUUGGGUGCUUUUUUGGAGGGAUAGGGGGGUGGUGUGUGUGUGUGUGUGUGUGUGUGUGUGUGUGUGCAUUUUUAAUGUAUAUAAGUAUUUGCUACAUUUGUGUAUUAUUUCAUUUAGUACUCAGUCCUUUCCUGGGACUCUAGGUACAUAAUGAAACAUGGAGGUCCAAACCUAUGAUAAAUCUCCUCUACUCCCCUUCCCUCACUGCCGGCACAGGCAAUAAUUUUAUAAUUUGGGUUUGGUUUUUGGGGGGAGGGAUUAUUUGGGUGGGUAGGGUUGGGGGAAAGGGCGGGGUAUGAACAUUAAUAUAUAUAUGUACAUAUUACUGAUUUUGUACCUAGUCCUUUGCAUGAAUGUAUAGGUACAAAUGAAAACUGAGGAUCAGUGUAUGACAGAUCUCCCCUCCCCGGCCCCUUAUUGCCUGUGUAGGCAAUAGUGACUAGAAUAGUUGUGUGUUGUUUACUGACUUGUUUCUUUUGGAGAGAUUUGUAUUUUCAGCAGGGGAAUAUUUUUAAUACAUAUAAAUAUAUUUUUAUUUCUUUGUUAUUUCAUUUGUAUUUAGUCCUUUGCAUGGCUAUGUAGGGGCCUAAUGAAAAUUGAGUUUCAUAAAUUGACACAUUAUUUCCUCCUUUCCCACAGAUUUCCUCAGUUAGCUGUAGCUAGUAUAAUUUUGUUUUGUGGUUAGUUUGUUUUAUUUUCCAGCAUGUAUGCCUUUAAAGAUGUAAAUAUACACAGAUAUACAGAAUUUGCCUUUUUUCUAAUAAUUUUCCUUUACUACUUAGUCCCUUGAAGAGCUCUGAGUAUACCUAACAAAAAAGUUUCACCAAGUCCCUGCCUCUGACUUGAAGGCAUUGCAUUGUGGUGAUGUCACUAAUGGCAAUGGGCAUGUAGCCAAUAAGAUGGGAGAAGACACUUGGACAUGGCUAAUCAGUUUCCACUUUUCCUACUUUCAUUCAAACUGAAUGAAAUGGUGGGAAGGGACCUGAACAUUGGAAAUCCCAGAAAGGCAAGAGGACAGUACUAAGUGAAAGUAUGUUUAAAAUUUAUUGCUGGUUAAUCUUUCAGUGACUGGUCAGCCAAUAAAAGUGCCUUGAGAGUAGCUUCUUUUAAGUCUGGAAUCCUAUUCAUCUACAGAAGUCUGUUGCAGUCCAUCGAUAGCAUUUUCUUGUGUACCCAGUAAAAAUUAUUUUGGUUUUUGGAAUGAAACUUUUGAGUUAUUGCCAUGGUUCUGGUGAAUGAAAAAAUGGGCCCAAAAACUAACCUAAAAAUAAUUUGUGGGACAAGCCCUUCCAUCUUUCAGCACCCACAUGUAUGUGGAAGGGCAGGUUGGUCCUUUCCUACCCAGAGCUCUUCUGUGCGGCGACACCUUCCUCCUCAGUUCUCCACUAGCUGGAUCAUUCCUGUUCUUCCUUCCUUUUUUCUUCAGUGCCUAUACCAUUAGAUGCUCUCUUCAAGUGCGCUGAAAAAUGUAAGCCAGUGUUGCCUCAUUAGCUGUAUGCUUUUGCAUAUAUUUCAUACAUUCAGACCUGUAUGUUUGCUUUCACCAUUCUCAAGCAUAUAUCACAUCGACUCUUCAUCCACCACAAAGUAAAUAUGACUCCACAUUUGUCUGUAUCAAAGAAAACACAUGUGUAAAAUCCACCCUCUCUCCCUCUCUUCCUCCCUUUCUUCCUCCCCUGCUUCCUUCCUUCACGCUUCUGAGCAGCAUUGGUUUAUUGUGCAAUUUAUAAUGAAUAUAAUGCUGAAGAGUUGCCAUAUUGCUAUUACAUUUUUAGAAACAUUGAGUAUUAGGACUCCUAGAAAAUUUCAGAGAUUUUAUUUAUCACAUCAAACUCUCAGGCUCUAGUGUUGAAAAUUAGCCUACACUUUGCUGUUACUUAUACCUGCUGUUGUAGAAAAAAAAUAAGAGCUUAUUCAUGACACAUUUAACUUUGAUCAUAAAUAAAAAAGAAGGGGCACCUUUUUAGAGUUAGUCAUGGUAGUUAGUGAUAUUUCUGAACAGCUUUUAAUUUAAAAAACUUCAAAGAAAGUAAAGGUCAUGGCUUAGCUGACUGAAAUGCUCCAGAAGUUGAACUAUAUAAACCAUUAGUACAAUAAUACACCAGUGUGUGCGUGUGUGUGUGUAAAAUAAGAAUUCCAAAAUAAUUGGAGCAUUUGCAUUAAUCAGCAAAACUCACAUUAAGACAAAACUUAGUCUUACAGCUGUCUUGACUCAAGCCAAGUGUUCCAUGUCGCUGUAAAGAAUAGUCUCUUUCAAACACUUUGAAAAGUAACUACUUGGAAGCUUGUAAAGGUAUUACAUUUUUGUAUUAAAACACCUAUGGAGAUCUCCAGUUCCUAGAAUCUGAGCUUGUGGGUGGAAUUCUAAAUUUAUAUCAUAAUCUGUCUUUUGUGGAAGUUUUUGAAAAUAGUAUGUGUGUGUGUGUGUAUAUAUAUAUAUAUAUAUAUAAAACAUUAUAUAUGCAAAUUGUGUUGUAUUACUUGUAAAGGGAAAAAGCUUAUUUUUCUUUAUACUUCUGAUAACUUGUUUUGCAUAUGACCAGCACUGACUGAAAGGCAUGUGUACUGCAAACACUGUUGCUUUUUGUGUGAAAUGAAAAUAAAAGUAUUUAAAUAUAAA